GCUCAGAGCUUGGGCUGGCACGGUCGCAUCUCGAUCGCUCCCUUGCUCCAUUGCUCCCCGGGCGCCGCCUCCUCUUACUUGUCUUUCCUCAUCUUCCUUCUCCACCACCGCUCCUCUCUCCUUCUCCCUCCUUUCCUAUCCUCUCCUUCUGCUGCUGCCCGGCCGCCGCCGUCGAGCUUCCCGCAUCGUCAUGGCGAACCUGAGCCCCAGCAUCGUGAUUGAUGAUGAUGAACCAGGCUAUGACCUGGACUUGUUUUGCAUCCCUAAGCAUUAUGCCCAAGAUUUGGAGAAAGUAUUCAUUCCUCAUGGGCUUAUCAUGGACAGGACUGAACGUCUGGCACGAGAUGUGAUGAAGGAGAUGGGAGGCCACCAUAUUGUUGCUCUCUGUGUCCUCAAAGGUGGCUACAAGUUCUUUGCUGAUUUGCUGGAUUAUAUCAAGGCACUGAACAGGAAUAGUGACAAAUCAAUUCCUAUGACGGUAGAUUUUAUCAGACUGAAGAGCUACUGCAACCCCACGGAAGACAGAGCCCAGCAGCCACCCGUUGCCCAUUCCAGCACCCCCAUUUCUCGCUGCAUUUCGUACAACUGCCCCACUGACAACACGGAUAUGGAUGUGAACCACAUCCGGGCGCAGAGCUUCCUCUUCGGGUGUGAGCUCAAGGCAGACAAAGAUUUCCAUUUCAAGGUGGGGAACGAGCAGACCGAGCACCAGCUUUCCCUGAAAACGGUGAGCUUGGGAGCCAGCGCCAAGGACGAGCUGCACGUCGUCGAAGCCGAGGCCCUCAAUUUCGAAGGCAGCCCGACUACCGUCACUCUGGCCUCGCUGAAACUGUCUGUGCAGCCCACGGUCUCUCUUGGUGGCUUUGAGAUCACCCCUCCGGUCGUCUUGCGUCUAAAAUGCGGUUCCGGGCCCGUGUAUGUCAGCGGCCAGCAUCUGGUUGCGCUGGAGGAAGACGUCGAAGAAAAUAACGUGAAGGUUGUGAAUCUGCCUGCCAAGCGCGCCGCUUCUGAAGCCGAUGACAAGAUUCCCCCGAAAAAGGUAAAACUGUCUGAGGAGGAGGAGGAAGAGGAGGAGGAAGAGGAGGAGGAGGAAGAAGAGGAGGAGGAAGAUGAUGAUGAGGCAGAGGAGGAGGAGGAGAUAGAAGAGGUAGAUGAGGAUGAAGAGGAGGUAGAGGUGGAGGAUGAGGAGGAGGUAGAGGAGAUUGAAGAGGAGGAAGAGGAGGAGGAAGAGGAAGAGGAGGAAGAAGAGGAGGAAGAGGAAGAGGAAGAAGAGGAGGAAGAAGAGGAGGAGGAGGAGGAAGAAGAAGAGGAAGAGGAAGAAGAGGAGGAGGAGGAAGAGGAAGAAGAAGAGGAAGAGGAAGAGGAGGAAGAGGAAGAGGAAGAAGAUAUUGAAAAUAAUAAUCCUCUCGAAAAUAAGUCUAAUCCUGAUAGUCCUGCACAGAAUGGAGAAAUGCCCAAUUUAGAAGAGGAGACAACAGAUUCUGAGCCGGUCACCCCCAAAUCAAAAAGCCAGGAGUCCUUUGACACUGAGGAGAAGGUUUCCCCAAGUCCUCAAGAAGCUAGCUCUCCUGAGGAUGUUAAAGAGAUUCAGAAUGACCAGUCUACUGGAGACAUAAAAGUGAUUGGUGGAGAUGAUCUCUCAACUUUAACUGGAAAGAAUGUCCUGAUUGUUGAAGACAUAAUUGACACUGGCAAAACAAUGCAGACUUUGCUUUCCCUGGUCAAGCAGUAUAAUCCAAAGAUGGUGAAAGUUGCCAGCUUGCUGGUGAAAAGAACCCCUCGAAGUGUAGGAUACAGACCUGACUUUGUUGGCUUUGAAAUUCCUGACAAAUUUGUCGUUGGCUAUGCCCUUGACUACAACGAAUACUUCAGGGACUUGAACCAUGUCUGUGUCAUUAGUGAGACUGGCAAAGACAAGUACAAAGCAUGAGAUGCAACUUGGUGUGCAGAGAAGCUUUGAAACACUUGGGGGAAACCCAUCAACUUCACCUCUGGACCACCAGCUAACUUUGUCCAAUGUUUCAGCCCUGUGACCAUCUGCUUAUUAGAGCUUUUUGCAUGUACUGUAUCUUGUCUGUUUUAUAUUUUAGGAAUGUCAAACAGUUGCUGCAGUUCUGAUUGCUGUUUCAUUUGCACUACAAAACCUAAAGAGACUAUCACUACCCCUGGGUGGGUUGUAUUGCUUGAAUUGCUGUUUGACUUACGAAUGGGAAAUUACUUAAACCACACCGACACUGAAUUGAAAUAGUUAAAGUAUUGUGAAUGUAAGAGAUGUUUAAAGAGGAUAUAUUGAUUUUUUAAAUUGGUAAUUUAAUUUUAUAUGUUACUGAAAAUGCAGAGAAGUGAUUGAAUAUUGUUAGUUAACACCUUUUCGGUGUCAAAGAGGGAGCAGUCAAUUUCAAUAUCUGUUCCAGUUCUGUUACAGAAUCCAAGAAGUUUGAUUAUUUUAUGGAACCCUAUCUAAACCCCUAGCUAUCUCCUGAAAUUACAUUAUUAUUUCAAGAAUUUUGAUUGUUGUUGUUAACAGGAAUUAAAAUGGAAGCGAAGAGUUAAUUUUACUGAGAUGGGCAAACGAACGAAAAGCCAAAAAAAAAAAGUUCGCUGAGCUGUCUGUCCCACUCUUACAGAUUAUUUCCUUUCUGUGCUCGCCAGUCAAAAGUAGUUUUCUUUUAAAUAUAAAUUGACAUUCUGGACAUUUUACUUUUGAAAUCUAUAAUGCAAAACGCUUCAAAUAAAGGCUGUCUCUUUAAAAAAAU